CUCCUCCAUUUUAUUUGUCCUUUUCCAUUCAUUCUUUCUCCCCUCCACUAAAUGCUUUUUGCCUCCCUCCUCAUCUUCCCCAGCCUUUUUCUCUCCCUCUUCAUCAAUUCCCAUUAUUUACCUUUUGGUAGUCUACUCUUUUUUGAGCUGCUACUAUUGCAGCAAAUGCUGAAUUUGAGGUGCAGAAACUUCAGACACUGAAAGAGGUAGCUCCUAAAGAGGUAGCAACAGAAAAGAAAAGAUAUCAGGCUGCAGGAAAAAUGGCUUCAUCGAACUCGUACAAUUCCCCGUGUGCUGCCUGCAAGUUCUUGAGGAGAAAAUGCAUGCCCGGUUGCAUCUUUGCACCUUAUUUCCCACCAGAAGAGCCUCAGAAGUUUGCCAAUGUCCACAAGAUCUUCGGAGCCAGUAACGUGACAAAGCUUCUCAACGAGCUCCUCCCUCAUCAAAGAGAAGAUGCUGUAAACUCCCUGGCCUAUGAAGCCGAGGCACGGGUAAGAGAUCCGGUUUAUGGCUGUGUGGGUGCAAUAUCUUUCCUCCAAAGACAAGUUGAGAGACUCCAGAAGGAGCUUGAUGCAGCUAAUGCUGACUUGAUCCGCUUCGCCUGUAGCGACUCACUUCCUGCCUUGCCUCAGACUCAGAGGCCUGUGGACUUGAUCACCACCCCGAAUAAUAUUAAUGAUUUAAUUGGAUUAUCAGGUUCAGGUCCUUGUUAUCAAACACCUGAUACAAGUUUCUCAUUUCCUUCACCAACUCUUUAUCCAAUUCCAUAUAAUUCUUCUAGUCCAGAUGGAGGACAAGGUGCAGGAAAAGGACUAGAUAGUUAUUCUAACCCAUAAAAUUAGGGUUUUUGUCUCUGUAUAAUUGGGGGAUAAGAUAUUGUUGAUGUAUGAACUUAUCUAAACAAUGUAUAAAUAGCUAUUACAUUGAUAGCUACAUACUAUUUGAGUACUACUUUCAAUUAUUUUAA